AUGACAGAGGUGCCCACGUGUCCCUGGUUGCUCCUGCCUCCUCCACCUCCCCUCACAGUGGUGGAGACUGUGACUCAGAAGAUCCUGGACCUGGCAGAAAAGUCCACCAUCCUGAUACCCCAGGCAGCAACACUAGUGACACUGGAGAGUCAGCAGCAAGGCACCGAUAACCCAGAGGCACAAGCAGUGAUAAUGAGGGCACUGACAGAGGUGGUGGAGGGUGGCAAAUGUGGACUCUCAAAUAUAACCAGAGGUCUCUUAGCCAAGAUGAGAUCAGGAUGGUUUCAGAAGAGCAAUCAGGCUGGGAAAGUGUGUGAGGAACCAUUGGAAAAGGAGAAACGGGGAAGCUCGUCAUUCUGGAAUGUGGACCUAAGAAGUACUGCGUUUCCCAGAAAGCUGAGCUGGACACAGAGUGUGUAUGCAGAAAGUUUACUUUGGGUGGUUCCAUCCCAAGGAACUGGAGUGGGAGACGAAAGGGUAAAACAAAGAAGGGGGCGCUCUAAGAAGCUGCGGAGAAUACACCUCAACAUCGUCCUCCAGAAGGACGAGCGAGAAAUUAUCCGUCAGCUUUCUUGUCCCACAAAUCAAGAGUUGCCCCAGGGGGUGUGCAUGACCUUGCACUACCAGGAUUGCACAUGUUUCAGAACAGCUGAGUGGCUUCCAGAAGGCAUCUUAAGAGAUGGCACAGAGAAGCUGCAGGGCAGAAAGCACGAGAUAGUUGCUGUUGUUGACGCAAGAAGAGCUUUAGAGGUUUUAGAUGUUGCACCCUUGGAGCCGUCAGUACCGGGCCCGGGGCUUUGCGUUCCUCGGCAGCAGAUGGAUGUCAAGUGCAGCACUCCGUCCUUUCUAAUGGCUGCCCUUCAGGGUCUUCUUGGCCACGGAGACGAAGCAGCUCUGCAGGGCCUUGAACUCCUGAGUGCAGAGGUCCUUCCUCAGGCGGCCGCCAGGGGUCACGGACACUUGCAUGCACCUGCCCUUGGCCAUGGUCCCGUCCCCACAGGCCACCAGGUGCUCAGGGAAGGUAUACUGCAACAUCCAGAUGGCACAGUUUUGAAACAGUUACAGCCUCCUCCAAGGGGUCCAAGAGAGCUGGAAUUCUAUAAUAUGGUUUAUGCUGCUGAUUGUACUGAUGGUGUUCUUUUAGAGCUACAAAAAUAUUUGCCAAAAUAUUACGGUAUCUGGUCACCUCCCAGUGCACCAAAUGAUUUAUACUUAAAACUGGAAGAUGUGACCCAUAAAUUUAAUAAGCCCUGUAUAAUGGAUGUAAAGAUAGGGCGGAAAAGCUAUGAUCCUUUUGCUUCAUCUGAGAAGAUUCAGCAACAGGUCAGCAAGUACCCAUUAAUGAAAGAGAUUGGGUUCUUGGUGCUUGGCAUGAGGGUUUAUCAUGUUCAUUCUGAUAGCUAUGAGACACAAAACCAGCACUAUGGAAGAAGCUUAACAAGGGAAACUCUAAAAGAUGGAGUCUCCCGUUUCUUUCAUAAUGGAUUCUGCUUAAGAAAAGAUGCUGUUGCUGCCAGUAUUCAGAAGAUUGAGAAUAUUCUGCAGUGGUUUGAAAGCCAGAAGCAGCUUAACUUUUAUGCAAGUUCAUUACUGUUUGUUUAUGAAGGUUCAUCUCAGCCAACUACUGCAAAAUUGAAUGACAGAACUUUAGCAGAAAAGUUUUUGUCCAAAGGACAGCUCUCAGACACAGAUGUACUAGAGUACAAUAAUAACUUUCAUAUGUUAAGUUCCACAGCAAAUGGAAAAAUAGAGGCUUCAGUGGGCAAAAGCUUGUCCAAAAUGUAUGCUCGUCACAGAAAAAUGUAUUCAAAAAAGCAUCACAGUCAGACUUCGUUGAAAGUUGAAAAUAUAGAGCAAGACAAUGGGUGGAAAAGCAUAUUACAGGAACAUUUAAACGGAAACGUACUUUCCCAACAGGAAAAAGUCUUCUACCAUCUUCCCACUGGUUGUCAAGAGAUUGCAGAAGUAGAAGUGCGAAUGAUAAACUUUGCUCAUGUGUUCCCUAGCAACACAGUAGAUGAGGGAUAUGUUUAUGGGCUGAAGCAUUUAAUUACUGUACUGCAGAGUAUUUUAGACAAUUGAAUCC